AAGUAAAAGGUAAAUUAGAUUAGAAAUUUUAUCCUUGUAACGUCGAGCUUACUCGCUCAACCACAUAGGUCCAUCCAAUUAAUGUGGUGUCUAGGCUGAUUGGAUACGAGAAGUGCUAGCAAAGGGUCUCGUCCCCUGCUAAACAAGUGAGCUGAGCUCCGCCAAAAUCGUUCCUCUACUACCUGGCUACAUUAAAAGGAGUUACCGAAAGGUUGCGCGAUAGGCAACACCCAAGGAUCCGAUUUCUCUUCUCUUUACUUAGUAAGUAUUGAACCAUGGCCAUCGAGGAAGUAUCUGCUGAUUCAACCCACACAUCGGCAACCAACUCUUCUCAACAUAAAGGGCGAUCAUCAUCCAAUGAUCAUGGUCCUAUUGCUCCAGAAAAAUUGGACAACACCAAUUUUUUUUCCUGGUCUAAACAUGCGAAGUUGAACAUCACCGGCCGAGGUAAACUUGGCUACCUCACCGGCAAGAAGAAAGCGCCAUCUGAAGAAGAUGAGGAGGGGUAUGAAAUUUGGGUCGAAGAAGACAGUCUUGUUCAAGCAUGGCUCUUCAACUCCAUGCACAAGGAUGUCAGAGGAAAUUAUGAAAGUUUGGAAACAGCUAAAGAAAUUUGGGAUGCUGUCAAUACUACUUUUUCAGUAGCUGAGCAUAAUAGACUCCAAAAGAUGAUGUCUGAUACAAAGUACGAAGGCUCUGCCAUGGUUGCUCAGUACCAACCACCACAUGUCCGUAGCUUCCAGUCAUCUUCAUCAUCAUCAUCUUGGAAAGCACCCUCUCCAGGACCCAUGAAAUGCACUCAUUGA